AUGGCCACCUCUGUGCUCUCCAGGAUUAUUCUAUGUCUGGCUAUAUCUCUGGUUCCGGUUUUGACAGUGACCAGCCAGGAUGUCAAGCUAGGGCACAAAGACAGCUGUGCCGAAAACGGCAAAGUCUACAGCAACAACGAGAUGUGGAACCCGGAGCCAUGUAAGAUCUGUGUGUGUGACCUGGGGACUAUUACCUGUGAGGACGUCCGAUGUGAAGACCUAGCCUGUAAGGAAACCAGCACCCCUGAGGGAGAAUGUUGCCCUGUGUGCUCUGAGGCCGCAGGACCUAUGUGUGAUUCAUGUCUGUUCUUCAAACUCCAUGACUCUGUAGAGGAGAAGACGGACGAGACCUGCAGGGACAACGGGCAGGUGUACGCCCACAACGACAUGUGGACCCCAGAGCCGUGCAGGGUGUGUGUGUGUGACAGUGGAACCACCAUCUGUGAGGAGGUGCAGUGUGAGAUGGUGGGGAACUGUGAGAAGGUGACCAUCCCUGAGGGAGAGUGCUGCCCUGUGUGUGACAGCUUCUCCAGCGCUAACAGGAGGAUAGAAAUGAUGGCGUUCAAGGGUCAGAAAGGCGAACCUGGUGAUAUCCCUUACGUCGUGGGGCCAGUAGGUCAACCCGGACCAAUGGGUCCUCCCGGAGCUCAUGGGAACAGAGGAUACACUGGUUUCAAGGGCAGAAAAGGUUUACAGGGCCCAGCUGGCAUCGACGGGGAACCAGGAGUCCCAGGGAACCCUGGUGAGCCAGGAUCCCCCGGCCAGCCCUCACACCCUGGGGGUCAGCUGGUCUCUCAAAUGGCAGCAGGCUUCGGUGAGAAAUCAGCUGGGAUGAUGGGAAUGAUAUCUGGCAACAGGGACCAAGAGGGCCUCCUGGAGCGUCCGGUCAACCAGGACCUACAGGGGGGCAGGGGGCCCCAGGAGACGUUGGAGACCCAGGAUCCAUGGGUGGCUUUGGUUACAGAGGACCUGAGGGCCCACCAGGAAAACCAGGACCAGAUGGGAAACGUGGUGAAUCUGGACACAUUGGGAAAGCAGGACCACAGGGGCAACCAGGGCCCCAAGGAGCACGAGGAACAGGGGGCCAGCAAGGACCAAGAGGGGAGGCCGGACGCGUGGGAUUGGCUGGAGCUACGGGAAUUCAGGUGUUUGGGUCCAACAGGAACAGAGGGUGCUGCCGGAGCCAAAGGACCAUCCGGAGCUCCAGGUAUCCAGGGUCUGACUGGACUGCUUGGACCUGCGGGCCCCCCCGGACCACAGGGAACCACUGGACUGCCCGGGCCUAAGGGCCAACUGGGUGAUUUAGGCGUUCCCGGAUUCAAAGGAGAGGCUGGAUUCAAAGGAGAAUCUGGUGCACCUGGUGAUCAUGGAGCGCUGGGUCCCAUGGGAGAGGAGGGGAAGAGGGGAGAACGGGGUGACGCCGGGACUUCAGGCGCCGCUGGACCCAAUGGAGAGAGAGGUGCUCCUGGCAGUAGAGGUUUUCCUGGUCAGGAUGGGUUACCUGGUCAAAAGGGUGCCCAAGGUGAGCGAGGACUGGGUGGGUCAUCUGGUGCCAAAGGUGCUGAUGGUGACCCAGGACGCACUGGAGAGCCAGGUCUUCCAGGGGCACGGGGUCUGUCUGGUCUUCUCGGCUCCCAGGGUCCUGAGGGACACCAAGGACCAAUGGGAGGAGGAGGAGAGGAUGGGGGUCCAGGGCCAGCAGGGUCAGAUGGUACCAGAGGUCCAGCUGGAACCAUGGGUGUAGUAGGACCAAAAGGCUUUACUGGAGACCCUGGUAAGGCAGGAGAAGUGGGGACCCCAGGUGUUGCAGGACAGAGGGGGGUUAAUGGGAAAGCUGGAGAGAUGGGUGCUGGUGGCACUGCUGGUCCAGCAGGAGUUGCAGGGAAGAGAGGAGAACAAGGACCUCCUGGUAUGAAUGGCUUCCAGGGUCUACCUGGAUCUGCUGGUCCACCUGGAGAGUCUGGGAAACCAGGUGCUGAGGGUAUCGCUGGAGAGGGAGGGGCUGCUGGUCUCACAGGGCCAAGGGGUGAGCGUGGCAUCCCAGGAGAGAGAGGUGAUGUGGGAACUAACGGACUACCGGGGCCCAAAGGUAUUUCAGGGGGGCCAGGACCAGAGGGACCAAAGGGUGGGUCUGGAACUAAAGGAACCGUUGGGGACAUAGGAGCUGCAGGCCUGCAGGGGAUGCCAGGGGAGAGGGGUAUCCCUGGUUCUCCUGGUCCUAAAGGAGAUGUGGGUUCAGUUGGUGAGAAAGGAACCGAGGGUACUGCUGGAAACGACGGGCCCGGGGGACUUCCUGGUCCAGUUGGACCAACAGGAGGCAUUGGGCUCAAUGGUGAUAAGGGAGAGGCAGGCCCUAAAGGGCCCCCUGGACGUCGAGGAGCGAGAGCAGUGGCCGGAGCUUCUGGGGAGCCUGGUCCAACCGGUGCAGUAGGAUUCCCUGGGUCUCCUGGUCCCGAUGGGCAACCCGGGGUCAAAGGUGAACCAGGAGAGAGGGGUCAGAAGGGUGAGACUGGAGCACAGGGACUCCAAGGAACAGCUGGUAAACUUGGUUCCCAGGGUCCUGCUGGUGUGACUGGACUAAAGGGGGCCAGAGGAACACAAGGGGCCGCGGGUGGGUCUGGUUUCCCAGGAUUCCCUGGGGGAGUUGGUCCAGCAGGCUCCGUUGGUGAGGUAGGGGUGCCUGGAGACAUUGGUACCCCAGGGAAGGCAGGUACUCCUGGAUUUAGAGGCGAGAAUGGAGGCCCUGGGCGUGUAGGAGAGAGAGGGGCCCCGGGCCCGGCAGGUGCCCCAGGAGACAAGGGAGAGACUGGAGAGGAUGGACCAGGGGGCCCUGAUGGGCCGGCGGGACCACCAGGCAUCUCAGGACAACGAGGUGUUGUGGGCAUACCUGGAGUCAGAGGAGAGAGCGGGAUGGUUGGGCCCCCCGGUACUGCUGGUGCACCCGGAAAAUCAGGUGCCCCCGGAACUCGGGGAGGCAAGGGUGCUGUCGGUGCAGUCGGGUUACCAGGGACAACCGGACCAAGAGGGGACCUUGGUCUUACGGGUAAUGCUGGGUCUGAUGGGGUACCUGGCAAGGAUGGACUUAUAGGAGCCAGGGGAGAUAGAGGGAAUCCUGGUGCUGAGGGUCUUGCUGGAACUCCGGGGCUUCAUGGCUCUGUUGGUCCAGUCGGCACCUCUGGUGUCCCUGGGAAGAGAGGAGACAAUGGUGCUAGAGGGCCUCCAGGACCCCAGGGACAAUCAGGGAUCCGGGGGAAGCUGGGGCCUCAAGGGCCACAGGGAGACAGGGGAGCCAAAGGAGACCAAGGAGAGAGAGGGCAGAAAGGCCACAGAGGCUUCACUGGAUUGCAAGGCUUACCUGGGACAACUGGACAAUCUGGGGAUGUUGGAGCUCGAGGAAUUGUAGGACCUACUGGACAGAGAGGGCCCCCUGGUGUGGUUGGCCCCGCGGGAGGUGAUGGCCAAAUCGGGCUGACCGGGCCCAUGGGCUCCCCUGGAUCAAGAGGAACCAGUGGAGACAUCGGACCUCAGGGGCCUCCUGGGGAUGCUGGUCCCCCUGGUCCCCCAGGGACCCCUGGCCCUCCCACUGCUGGGGCUGAUAUGUUCGGCUUCAGCAGCUCCUUCGACUCCGGCCCCCAUCCCCCUCCAGAGUUCAACGAGGAUGAGGCGCGUCCCAAUAAUGCCUCGACCGUCCUCGGGGCAGACCAGAGCGUCCAGACCACGCUGAAGAGCCUCAGUGGAAACCUGCAGAACAUGAAGUACCCCGAUGGCAGCCAGGCCAACCCCGCCAAAACCUGCCAGGACAUCAAGCAGUGCCAUUCCCUUAAAAAGACUGGAGACUACUGGCUGGACCCCAACCAGGGCAGUACCAAGGAUGUUAUCAAGGUGUUCUGCAACAUGGAGACUGGUGAGACCUGCAUCUCAGCCCACCCCAUCUCAGCCAGCAUCCCUCGCAAAACAUGGUGGACCAAAUCCACUCCCACUGCCAGCAAACCUGUCUGGUUUGGAGCAAAUAUGAAUGGAGGAACUAAAUUUAGCUACGGCAACAAGGAGGAGCUGCCCAACGCCGUAACCAUUCAGAUUAGGCUGAUCCGCCUGCUUUCUAAGGAGGGUGUCCAGAAUGUCACCUACCACUGCAAGAACAGCGUGGCCGUGAAUGACGGAGCCACAGGCAACCUGAAGAAGGCUCUGAUCCUCAAGGGCUCCAACGGACAGGAGGUCAAGGUUCAGGGCAACUCCCGCCUCAGAUACACUGUCCUGGAGGAUGGCUGCUCCAAAUCGAAUGGAGACUGGGGCAAGACUGUGAUUGAGUACAGAACUCAGACGCCAGCCAGACUACCUAUCGUAGACUUGGCCCCCAUGGACAUAGGCAAGGAGGAUCAGGAGUUUGGCCUGGACAUCGGACCUGUGUGUUUCUCCUAA